AUGUCAGAUAGUAUGCAAGUUGACUCACCUCCUCAAAAAUCUAUAGAUGAGGGAUUGUACUCAAGGCAGUUGUAUGUCUUAGGUAAAGAGGCGAUGAUAAGAAUGCUGAACGCGAACGUACUCAUUAUUGGAUUGAAAGGUUUAGGAAUUGAAAUAGCGAAGAAUGUAGCUUUGGCUGGAGUUAGGUCUUUAAGUUUGUAUGAUCCCAAUCCAGUAGAAAUCAGCGAUUUAUCAACUCAAUUCUUUUUGGAAGAAAACGAUAUUGGCAAGUCCAGAGCAGAUGUAUCAUCUAAAAAAUUGGCAGAGUUGAAUCAAUAUGUCCCAAUAUCAGUCACAAAUGAUCUCUCUGAGACGAAUUUAUCUCAAUUCAAGUGUAUUGUCUCUACUAACAUUUCAUUGGAAGAGCAAGUUAGAAUAAAUGAAUUUACUCACGAACGUGGAAUCGGUUAUAUUCAUGCUGAUAUUAGAGGUUUGUUUGGCCAGUUAUUUGUGGACUUCGGGAAGUCAUUCACAAUAAUAGAUCAAACCGGAGAGGAGCCAUUAUCGGGAAUCGUUUCAGACAUAGAAAAGGAUGGUACAGUCACUAUGUUGGACGAUAAUAGACAUGGUUUACAGGAUGGUGAUUUUGUGAAGUUUUCAGAAGUUCAAGGAAUGCCCACUUUAAAUGAUGGAUCAGUCUUCAAAAUCGAAGUCUUAGGUCCUUAUGCCUUUAAAAUUAAGAUCGAUGAAAGCUAUGGAACUUACGUCAAAGGUGGGUUGUACCAGCAAGUGAAGGUGCCGAGAGAGAUGUCAUUUGAGCCACUUUUAAAGCAAUUGUCGAACCCUGAGUAUGUAAUCUCUGAUUUUUCAAAAUUCGACAGACCUCCUCAACUUCAUUUAGGUUUUCAAGGCUUGCAUGCCUUUCAGACACGACACCAAGGUCAAUUACCCAGAUCCUUUAAUCAGGAAGAUGCCAAUGAAUUGGUGAAAUUGGUUUCCGAACUUGCAGCUCAAAAUACUUCAAUUUUGGGAGAUGCGAAACUAGAUGGUAAAUUAAUUGAAGAAUUAUCAUAUCAAGCUAGAGGAGAUAUUCCUGGAAUGGUUGCUUUCUUUGGAGGCUUUAUUGCUCAAGAAGUUUUGAAGAAUUGUUCAUCGAAGUUCGGUCCCGUAAAGCAAUGGCUAUAUUUUGACUCAUUAGAAUCGUUACCUUCUUCCGAUGAGUUUCCAAGAAAUAAAGAAACAACAAAGCCAUUGGGUACUAGAUAUGACUCUCAAAUCGCAGUAUUUGGCUCCGAAUUCCAAAAAGUGAUUUCAAAUUUACGAGUAUUUUUAGUGGGUUCCGGAGCAAUUGGAUGUGAGAUGUUGAAGAACUGGGCAAUGAUGGGAUUGGGAUCUGGACCACAUGGCAAAAUUAUAAUUACUGAUAUGGAUUCUAUUGAAAAAUCUAACCUAAACAGGCAGUUUUUGUUUCGCCCCAAAGAUGUUGGAAAAAACAAAUCAGAAGUGGCUGCUAGGGCUGUCGAGCAAAUGAAUCCAAAUUUAAAGGGCAAAAUUGAAGCUAAACUAGAAAAGGUUGGUCCAGAGACAGAGGACAUAUUUGAUGACAACUUUUGGAAAAAUUUAGAUUUUGUGACCAAUGCUUUGGAUAAUGUAGAUGCUAGGACAUAUGUUGACCGUCGUUGUAUCUUUUAUAAGAAGCCAUUGUUAGAAUCCGGGACUCUUGGAACAAAAGGAAAUACUCAAGUUGUAGUUCCAAAUAUGACAGAGUCGUAUUCAUCGUCUCAAGAUCCACCGGAGAAGUCUAUUCCCUUAUGCACUUUAAGGUCGUUUCCAAACAAAAUUGACCAUACGAUUGCUUGGGCAAAAUCAUUAUUUCAAGGGUAUUUUGCAGAUUCUCCAGAAACAGUUAACUUAUACUUGAGUCAACCAAAUUAUGUGGAGCAAACCUUAAAGCAAACUGCUGACAUUAAGGGCACGUUAGAGAAUAUUUCUGAUCUUUUAAACCAUCGCCCCUAUUCCUUUGAUGAUUGUAUUAAGUGGGCUAGGUUGGAGUUUGAGAAGAAAUUUAAUCACGAUAUAUUACAGUUAUUGUAUAACUUCCCAGAAGAUGCUAAGACAACUAACGGUGCACCAUUUUGGUCUGGACCUAAAAGAGCACCGAAACCUCUUCAGUUUGACAUUCACAACAAGGACCAUUUUUCAUUCGUUGUUGGAGCUGCAAGUUUAUUGGCUCAUGUUUAUGGAUUGAAAGUUCCGAAUGUCACUUUCGAGGAUUAUGAGAAAGUUUUAGACAAUGUCACAAUAGAACCGUUCUCUCCAAAAUCUGGUGUGACUAUUGCUGCUACCGAUAAUGAGGCCGAAGAACAGGCUAAGGGUCUUUCGGGAAGUAUUGAUGACGAUGAAAUAAAGAAAAUUGCGGCAUCGUUGCCAGAGCCGACUACCUUAGCGGGAUUUAGGUUGCAUCCUAUUGAGUUUGAAAAAGAUGAUGAUACGAAUCAUCACAUUGAGUUCAUUACCGCUGCUUCAAAUUGUAGGGCAUUGAACUAUUGUAUUGAGCCUGCGGACGCACACAAGACUAAAUUCAUUGCUGGAAAAAUUAUCCCAGCCAUUGCUACUACUACAGCUUUAGUUACUGGAUUGGUAUGUUUAGAAUUAUACAAAGUUGUUGCGAAGGAUGACAACAUUGAGGAUUACAAGAACGGAUUCAUCAAUUUGGCUCUUCCCUUCAUUGGAUUUUCUGAGCCAAUUAAAUCAGCUCAGGGCAAGUAUAAUGACAAAACGUUUGAUCAAAUCUGGGAUAGGUUUGAACUUGAGGGUGAUAUAACAUUGCAACAACUCCUUGAAUAUUUCAAGAACAAAGAAGGAUUAGAAAUCUCAAUGUUAUCAUAUGGUGUUUCACUAUUAUAUGCGUCAUUUUUCCCUCCAAAAAAGAUUAAGGAUAGACUAAGUUUGAAAUUGACAGAUCUUAUUAAAGAAGUUAGCAAAAAAGAUAUUCCUAAACAUGUUCACUACUUGAUUUUCGAAGUCUGCUGUGAUGAUGAACAAGGAGAGGAUGUCGAAGUUCCUUAUGUCUGUGUCAAAAUCUGA